AUGACUGCCAAAAAACUGGAUCCUACGGGUACUACCGGGGGAGGCGAGAAAGAGACAACAGAACGGGUUAGAAUGGAAACUAUGCCUGAGGCCAUAACCCAGAUGAAGGUGAUGCUGGAAACGUUGGUUAAGAAGGUAGGCGAACACGAUAAGCAGAUGGAAACCCUAGCUACCGCCAACCGAGCUCAAGCUGGAGGAUCAGGCCUAGGUCGAGUAAGAAGAAACUUUCGCCCAAUCCCCUUCGAGUUUACUACACCACAGAGAUCACAGACAAGGAUGCCUCCACCACGCCCUACAGCUGCAACUGAUGAACAGGACCCAGAGGUUCAUGAAGAUGACGUUCGGACCGAAGCGGAUCCUGAACCAGUUAUUAACUUAGAUGAGGAUCAUCCCGCGUAG